AUGACUUCAGCAAUACGAUUACCAUGGCGGACGCUCAUGAGAUCGGUACCAAACCCUCUCGCCCCAGCUUCACUCCUUCUCAAGGCACAACCUCCCAAUCCGUCGAGGCCAGCUUUUUCUAGCAGAUAUGCUACAAAGACAGCAGAACCUCCCUUGAGCACAGCAAAUGUGGAAAGUGCAGAGGCAUCCUCAACUGCCAGACAGGUACAAGCAAGCAGCCCAUCUCUUGACAUUGAGACACCAGUUGCAGCACCACCUGCAGAAGAACGACCUCAGUAUGGACAAUACACCGAACAAAAAGAUCUAGAUUUCCGGUUACCCCGAAGUGUCCAGGCAGUAUACCUCCGGCCCUUGAAACGACAAGCCGAAUAUGGUGUGCCUUCCUGCGAUUUACAAAUGCGAUCAUAUAGUGUACGGAAUCUCGAAUUCUUUGCAGACUUUGCUCUUCGAGCAGCAUACUACCUAGGACUCCCAGCAUCUGGCCCGGUACCGCUACCCCGAAUCCUCGAGAGAUGGACUGUGCCGAAAGGGAACUUCAUUCACAAGAAAUCACAGGAGAAUUUUGAGAGGAGGACUGUGAGGAGACUAAUUCAGAUCAAAGACGGGAAUCCAGAAACAGUGGGGAUUUGGUUGGCGUUCCUGAGGAAGCAUGCGUACUACGGGAUCGGUAUGAAGGCCAACGUUUUCGAGUUCUCGAAGCUAGGAGUUGGAAAGAAUAUGGAUUUAGAGAUGGAACAAAUGAAGGACACUCUAGACAAGACUUGGAGUCAGAUCGGAGUCAAAAAGGACAAGAGGAGUGGCCCAACAGCCGACAAGAUCAUGGAGCUCAUCAACAAAGAGGAUUCCCGGGCUGCUACGCAUGGAAAUGCUCCUAUGGUGAUCUUCUCCGGCAUCCAACCCACAGGAGUUCCGCACCUGGGAAAUUACUUAGGGGCUCUGCAACAAUGGGUGCGCCUGCAAAAUACAGCCCACCCCUCUACCAAACUUCUGUACUCUAUCGUGGAUCUGCAUGCUAUCACUGUACCGCAAGACCCGGAGCGUUUGAGGCGAUGGAAGAGGGAGACGCUGGCUACGCUGGUGGCAAUUGGCUUGGAUCCUGAUAGAUCAAUAUUAUUUUACCAAUCUUCUGUGCCUGCUCAUUCGGAGCUGAUGUGGAUACUGAGCUGUACGGCCAGUAUGGGCUAUCUUUCUAGGAUGACACAGUGGAAGAGCAAGCUUCAGUUGAAAGAUGAUGCGUCUCCAUUAGACGAGGGGAGCAAGUCAAAGCUUAAGCUGGGGUUGUUUUCUUACCCCGUGCUGCAAGCUGCCGACAUUUUGGUACAUAGAGCAACGCAUGUUCCAGUGGGAGAAGAUCAGAGUCAGCAUCUCGAAUUUGCUCGCGAGUGUGUCACAAAUUUCAACCAUGCAUAUGGUCCUGACCUGGUGGCUCCUCAAACUAUUAUGUCUCCCGCAAAAAGAGUAAUGUCUCUCCAAGAUCCUCACCUCAAGAUGUCCAAAUCACAUUCAGAUCCCCGCUCGAGGAUUCUAAUCACAGACCCCCCAGAUGUGAUCCACAAGAAAAUGAUGGCAGCAUUGACAGACUCCACCAAUUCUGUCUCGUAUGACCCGGAGAACCGACCGGGGGUCUCCAAUCUACUGCAACUGCUUUCUCACUUCAACGGCGAGGGGAAGAGCGCCCAAGAACUCGCAUUAAAAUACGCAAAUUUCGGCCUUGGGCAGUUCAAGAGCGCAGUAGCGGAGUCCAUAUCGGAAAGCCUAAGUCCCAUACGGACUAAGUAUGAACAAGUCCUAGCGGCUGACGGAGGCAGGUAUCUUGAUCAUGUUUGGAUGCAAGGAGGUGUAAAAGCAAAAGAGAGUGCGGAUGCUACAAUGUACGUUACGCUAGAAGUCAUCCCCAGAGCAAAGCAACAGCUUAUUGUGAUCUAG